AUGCAAAGUUCCGAGUCUUCGGAGAAGCACAACGAGGAGACUCUUCAUUUCCACAGCGCGGAAGUCUCGAAACUUUGGUAUCGGACCGGGGCACACGGUGUUCGCUGAGAGAUAUUCAAGGUCGAUUGCCAGCAAGGUCAGGCACGACGGACAGAUAGGUCAAGGUUAAGGAGGAAGAAAGAGGGAAGGAGAACUCGAGAAGGUGCGAAUCGCGAAAGUGGAUGAGAGACAGACAGAGAGAAGGAAAGAGAGAAAUAACAAGAGAGAAGAUCGCGGCAAAUAAAUACAAAAGACAGAUAGUCGGUCAGCCAGAUGGAGAACUUUUCCCUAGCUUAGCCCCGUUAAAAUAUUUUUUACGACACUUUCCCCCGGCCAGAGAGAACCGGCCAGGGAGCCGAGGUUACUGACAGUCGAACUCCAGCCGAGUUUGCCAAGUUUCGCCAUUAGACACGGUUAAAACUUUGUUCGAAACACUUUCGUCCGCGUGCCGUCCGCGACCGUGAAAUAAGCGUGCUAAAUUCUGAAUAUUUUCUUCCUUCGCCUUUUCUCAAUGUUCGUUCGCCAGUCCCAAUGCCACGGGCCCGUUACACCGCGUCUCGUUCGCUCGACCUCCAGUUCCCCGCCGCCCCUUCGCGUUUCACCGCUCUUCCCCGAAACUUCCCCCGCGAUUCGAAUACUAACUCGCCGGGAAUGAAUUUAUGUAGUCGCUAAUUUACUUUGGGGAACGUAAACGAUCUUUGAAUCGAGCGUAUUAAGUGGAAGAUGCUAGUUCCGAAUAAAGUUACUCCUCGUUUAGAUCGUUCGAGCAACUUCUUUUCGAGAUGUUCCGUUGCUAAUCGACGCCGCAUCUUCCUACUCCUUUUAAACGAGUUUUCGCGUCGCGUCGGAACUACGCUUCGCAGUUUCGUUUCAGUUCAAAUUUAUCGAAACUUUCAAUUAGCAUUCGUAAAUGCUAUGACCUCGUUAUCGACGGUUCCUCUUCAGAUUAGUUUCGAUAUUUGCGAGUUUGUCCCCGUAGGGAAACUUUAUUCGCGACAGAUGUCGGACGCGAUCUAUCAUCUUGUCUUUAUAGAAUUUACUUUCUUCGGUUUUUCGAUAGAAAUGGAAUGGGUCUUCGUGGUCCACUAUGAAACCGAAUUUUCGAAAGAAUUCGAGGUAAAAUAGGGAAGCGGCAGCGCCGUGUGUUUCGUACGGCUGUAUUUGUUCCAUUGUACCGACCCCUGCCAUGCUAUAAAUAUUUUACGUGUUAUGAUUUACGCACACCACGGUGACUAUUGCGUUCUUCCCCCAGUUUCAUGUAUCUUUUUUUAUUCUCUCCAUGGGCAGCGUGUAUUUCACAAAGAGGGUAAAAUGUCGCGCGCAUAUUUUUUUUUCGAGCACGAAUAAAUUAAUUCGACCGCGUAAAAUCGUUAUUUACCACCAAACAUCAAUAACAUCGUUCUUUUUUAGUAAAUUAAAAAUUUGUUCUUAUCUCUGUUAACAUUUUCUUGUUAAUGUUUUCUUUUUUAUAAAUCAAAUAUUUUCUCGAAAUAAUCGAAACGUCGAUUAUUACCAGAGGUGUUUUCAGAGACGAAGGAAGACAGCAUUUCCACGGUAGAGGGCUAAUUGUCGUCGAACGAAAGGUCCGAGAGGGUGACCGCGUCCCCCACGGCAUCAACACGGUAAGGCACUCAAGCUCGGUCGUCUUUUAACUCGUGUAGUGCGCAUUCCUUCACCGUACGAGAGGGUUAAAUGCGGAGUUACUCCCCCUUUAAGCCUGUUAUACGUCUCGAGGGGGUAGUCGGGACCUCUUUCCUAUUUCCUGCCUGACUGCAGGAACCAAACGACUCUCGCAUCUUACACACACGACAUGCCAGAUUUUAGAACGAUCGGGAGACUAAUUUGGCACUAUUAAUUAUUAAUUAGCCAUUAUCCUAGUGGAAACUAACCGUGUGAUUUCGAUCCAAUGGAAAUUAACACUCUUAGCAUCCAAGAGUCAAUAUUUCGACUUUUCUUGUUCUUAGAAAAUGAAUUUUUACUGUGAAAAACGUCCCUAUUAAGAGAAACCAUACUGAGAUUUUUUUACAGCUUCAUUUUUGUACGAUAAUGUUUUGUAGUUUCGAGAUGGAGUAUAG